ACGAUUCAGGUGAUUGAUGUGUCAAUUGUAUAUAGCCGAGUGAACUUUUGUUUAGCAAAAAAAAAAUUUUAUUCUGGGCGUUCUGAAAACAAAAAAAGAAUAAUCAAAUCAUCAUCAAAUCAUCAUCAUCGUAAAAAACAUUCCAAAUCAAAACGACAAUUAAUCUGUUAACUUGAAGUUUAUCGAAGUUUAUUGAAAUCCGAAACGAAAAAAUGACUGAUGCAAAAUAUUUUGCCAACACCAAAAAAGGUGAAAUAUUCGAAUUGAAAAGUGAAUUGAAUAGUGAUAAAAAAGAAAAACGAAGAGAAGCUGUUAAAAAAGUUAUUGCAUCAAUGACUGUUGGUAAAGAUGUAUCGGCUUUAUUUCCUGAUGUUGUUAAUUGUAUGCAAACUGAUAAUUUGGAAUUGAAAAAAUUGGUCUAUCUUUAUUUGAUGAAUUAUGCUAAAAGUCAACCUGAUCUAGCCAUUAUGGCUGUUAAUACAUUUGUACGAGAUUGUGAAGAUCCAAAUCCAUUGAUUCGUGCAUUGGCUGUACGUACUAUGGGCUGUAUUCGUGUGGAUAAAAUUACUGAAUAUCUUUGUGAACCACUUCGAAAAUGUUUACGUGAUGAAGAUCCUUAUGUAAGAAAAACAGCUGCAGUAUGUGUUGCUAAAUUACAUGAUAUUAAUGCACAAAUGGUUGAAGAACAAGGAUUUCUUGAUCUACUUAAAGAUUUACUGUCGGAUUCAAAUCCAAUGGUUGUUGCUAAUGCAGUGGCUGCAUUAUCCGAAAUAAAUGAAGCAUCAAGUUCGGGAAAAUCAUUAGUCGAUUUGAAUAUGCAAACAAUUAAUAAAUUAUUGACAGCAUUGAAUGAAUGUAAUGAAUGGGGACAGGUAUUCAUAUUGGAUGCAUUGGCUAAUUAUACACCGGCCGAUGAUCGUGAAGCACAAAGUAUUUGUGAACGUGUUACACCACGUUUAGCACAUGCAAAUGCAGCCGUUGUUUUAAGUGCUGUAAAAGUUUUAAUGAAAUUUCUUGAAAUGAUUGCACAGGAUUCUGAUUUUGUUGGUACAUUGACAAAAAAAUUAGCACCACCAUUGGUUACCUUGUUAUCAAGUGAACCUGAAGUUCAAUAUGUAGCAUUACGUAAUAUAAAUUUAAUCGUACAAAAACGACCAGAUAUUCUUAAACAUGAAAUGAAAGUAUUUUUUGUCAAAUAUAAUGAUCCUAUUUAUGUUAAAUUGGAAAAAUUAGAUAUUAUGAUACGAUUAGCAUCACAGGCUAAUAUUAAUCAAGUACUUGCCGAAUUAAAAGAAUAUGCAACCGAAGUUGAUGUGGAUUUUGUACGAAAAGCAGUUCGUGCUAUUGGUCGUUGUGCAAUUAAAGUUGAACAAUCAGCUGAACGUUGUGUAGCAACAUUAUUGGAAUUGAUACAGACCAAAGUAAAUUAUGUUGUACAAGAAGCUAUUGUUGUUAUUAAAGAUAUUUUCCGAAAAUAUCCUAAUAAAUAUGAAAGCAUUAUUUCAACUUUGUGUGAAAAUUUAGAUACAUUGGACGAACCAGAAGCACGUGCAUCAAUGAUUUGGAUUAUUGGUGAAUAUGCUGAACGUAUUGAUAAUGCAGAUGAAUUAUUGGAAACAUUUUUGGAAGGUUUUCAUGAUGAAAAUACACAAGUUCAAUUACAACUUUUAACAGCUAUAGUAAAAUUAUUUCUUAAACGACCAACCGAAACACAAGAAUUAGUACAACAAGUAUUAAGUUUGGCUACACAGGAUAGUGAUAAUCCUGAUCUUCGUGAUCGUGGUUUUAUUUAUUGGCGUUUAUUAUCAACAGAUCCUGCUGCUGCUAAAGAAGUAGUUUUGGCUGAAAAACCAUUAAUUUCUGAAGAAACUGAUCUAUUGGAACCAACAUUAUUGGAUGAAUUAAUCUGUCAUAUUGGUAGUUUGGCAUCAGUUUAUCAUAAACCACCAUCAUCAUUUGUUGAAGGUCGUAGUGGUUAUCAACGUAAAACAUUAAUGAGUCGUAAUGGUUCGGGUGAUGAUAAUACCAAUGCUGGUGAACAACAACAAGCACAACCAACUGUUAUUCCAGCUGCUGAUAGUUUAAUUGGUGAUCUUCUUAGUUUGGAUAUUAAUGCAUCUGGUUCGACAAAUGUUUAUCCAUCGGCAACUACUGCCGGUGGUAGUAAUCUUGAUUUUCUUGGUAAUGGUUUGGAUACAUUGCUUGGUGGCGGUGUUAGUUCAGAUCAACCAUCAACUACAGGUGCAGCAUCUUCAUCAACUGCUGGAUUAUCGACCACCGGUCUAUUGGGCGAUAUUUUUGGUCUGGCAACUUCCGAAACAUUUUAUUCACCACCAAAACAAGUUUGGUUGCCAGCAGUUCGUGGUAAAGGAUUAGAAAUUGAAGGAACAUUUUCCAGACGUAAUGGUCAAAUCUAUAUGGAUAUGACAUUUCAUAAUAAAGCAAUGCAAGCAAUGGGUGGAUUUGCUAUACAAUUUAAUAAGAAUAGUUUUGGUUUAACACCGGCACAACCAUUACAGGUACCAACACCAUUACAACCAAAUACAAAUGCUGAUGUUAGUCUGCAAUUGAAUACAACUGGACAAGUACAAAAAAUGGAUCCAUUAACAAGUUUACAGGUUGCCGUUAAAAAUCAUGUUGAUGUUUUUUAUUUUAGCUGUAUAAUACCGAUCAAUGUAUUUUGCAGUGAAGAUGGUGCUAUGGAUAAACGUGUAUUUCUUUCAACAUGGAAAGAUAUACCAGCACAAAAUGAAGUACAAUUUAAUAUUGAAAAUGUUACAAUGACUGUUGAACAAAUAUCACAAAAAUUACAAUCAAAUAAUAUUUUCACUAUUGCCCGACGUAAUGUUGAAGGUCAAGAUAUGCUUUAUCAAUCAAUGAAAUUUACAAAUAAUAUUUGGGUAUUGGCCGAAUUAAAAAUCCAACCGGGUAAUACACAAUUUGUUCUUUCAUUAAAAGCACGUGUAACCGAUGUAGCAACACCUGUACAUCAAAUUUAUGAUGCUAUUCUUCAUAAUAAUUGAAUUAAAAUUGAAGCAAACUUGGAAUUUCUUUGGAUGAAAAUUGUCAUUUCUGCAUUCCUCUUGUGUGUGUGUUUUUUUGUCGUUAGCAAAUCAUUCAUUUCUUAUAACAAACAAUUAUUGUAAUUUG